AUGGAGCCCCUAUCACUGGCUUUUCAUGGGGGCCAAGAAAACCAUGUUUCACAUGUGGAAAAUGAUCUGGUACGCAAAGGACCCCGUCGCAAGAGGGAAUUCAUACCUGAAGAAAAGAAGGAUGCCCUCUACUGGGAGAAACGUCGCAAGAAUAACGAGGCAGCCAAGCGGUCACGGGAGAAGAGAAGGAUGAAUGACUAUGUGCUGGAGACUCAUCUUAUGGCUCUGAAAGAAGAAAAUGCCAGGCUCAGUGCUGAAUUAAUGGCCAUCAAGCUUCACUUUGGCUUGGUUCACCCUGCAGCCUACACAGGCCACCAAAGUAACCAACUGCAAUGCCAUUUCAACAGCAGCACCCAGCCUUUAAGUGCCGCUAGUACCCAUCAACAUUCCCUACAGAGAAACUACUACUGGGGUGGUAGAGAAUCUUCUCUUAUGACCAAUCACCAACCUUCAAACCCUGUUUUGAUUCCUGCAUAUGCCCUCCAUACCAUGAGAGGCUAUUCAGUUUUCAACAGAUCAGCUACUAGUGGCUCUGGCCUCCUUACUCCCCUUGUCCUUCCUCGAAAUCUCCUGCCAACCCAGUCACCCCUACUGAAGCCCAUACCAACGAGAGUCCUCUCAGAUGAAGAGGAGGAGCAGCAGGUUCCAGGAGUGCUGUCCAUGUCGUGCCCAGUUCCACCUCAUAAAAUAACCACCAAAAGAGGAGAAACCCAUUCUCCACAAAGACAAUAUGUGUCUGACUGA